AGCUCCAUAUCACUUCCUUCACCUGCAAUUGCUCGCUUUUUCUUAAAACCUCCCCCUUCACAAUGUUCCAGCGCACCAUCCUCAGACAGGCUCAAGCCGCCCGCUCUCUCCUUUCCGUUCGUUCGACGUCCUCAGCACCAUCGGCGCUCCGCCGCACGUCACAAUUCCAGCCGCAAUCCCUCCGUCCACUUGCUCCUUUGCCUGGCUUGCGCAACUAUUCCACAGAGAACAAGGCCGAAGAGGGCAAGCAGGAGAAGAAUGAAAAUGCUGAAUCGGAGUCCCAGAACCCCGAGGAUGCCGUUCGUAAGGAGCUUGAAAAGAAGGAGAAGGAGGUUGUUGAUUUGAAGGACAAGUAUGUCCGCUCAGUCGCAGACUUCCUCAACCUCCAGGAGCGCACCAAGCGUGAUAUGGACAACGCGCGCAACUUUGCUAUCCAGCGCUUUGCCGUUGAUCUUCUCGAGAGCAUUGACAACUUCGACCGUGCCCUCCUGGCUGUGCCCGAGGCCAAGCUCAACUCCAACGAGCCUGAACACAAGGACAUUAAGGAUCUCGUCUCCGGCCUGAAGAUGACUCAGAACAUUUUGAUGAACGCCCUCAAGAAGCACGGUCUGGAGAGGUUCGACCCAAGCGAGCCUGCUGAAGACGGCAAGACCCAGAAGUUCGACCCCAACAUGCACGAGGCUACAUUCAUGGCCAAGGCUGAAGGCAAGGAGAACGGUGAUAUCAUGUACACUCAGAGCAAGGGCUUCAGGCUGAACGGACGUGUCUUGAGAGCUGCCAAGGUCGGCGUUGUCAAGAACGACUAAAUCAAUCAUCCAUACAAGCAUGUUGACCUCAAUCUCCCCUAAACGCAACUUUACCAUCUCUCUUAUUCUACUUGUAUAAUAUACCAAAUACCUUUCAUGGCGAGGAAUAAACAAUUGCGGUAAUACCAACCGUGAUACCACGUCUUUUCUCUAUGAAUGCAUGUGUAUGAUACACCCGCUAUUUGUUUGCAUACGAUUGGAAGGCUUACGAUCUGCCCUCUUUUCGUGUUUCUUUUUUUUUUUCUUUUUUUGUCCGUGUUCAUGUCUGGCGUUUGAAACUCACCUCUCACCUCUCACUAUAUUCACAUUAUACCUGUAUAAUACAUGCAAUGAUCUGGUCUUGUCAUUCUACAAAAAAAGGGUGGUCUGAUUGGCAAUUUUUUUUUUUUUUGAUAUGAGCUACUUGCACGGCAUU